CGUGUUUACUUGCUUUGUCAGCGGUGUUCCCCGCAGCACUUAUCUCACGCUUCUCACCUGCUGCUGAGACAAACCUUGGACUUUUGUCUCUAGGAGUGAACUGUCACGUCGUCAGGACUCAUUAUCAGCAGGCGUUGAGGAGGGAGGGGGCGAAUCGGAUUCAUAGUUAUUGUGUGCGUGUGUGUGUUUUCCUUCCCCCCCUCUCUCUCUUAUCUCACAAAAAGAUGACGUUAAAAUCCAAUAAAAACGAACCUGCGGUCAUUCUGGAGCCGGUGAGCAGCGUCCGGACAGCUCUGUCCGAUCUGUACCUGGAGCAGCUGCUGCAAAGCAAACCAAAGUCUGACAAGGCGGCCAUGCAAAGCUACGAGAAUAAAGGGGCCGAUGUUUACACCAACGGCAGCGCUGGACACAUGAACGGCGCCGAGCUGACCAGGAUGAAGGAAGUGGCGUUUGAGAAGAAUGCCUCUGAGCCGCUGGGGGUCACUCUGAAAGUGAACGACAAACAGCGAUGCAUGGUGGCCAGAAUAUUGCACGGUGGGAUGAUCCACAGACAAGGCUCUUUGAACGAAGGGGAUGAAAUAACAGAAAUCAAUGGAAAAAGUGUGACGAACCAAACCGUAGAUCAGCUACAAAAGAUCCUUAGAGAAACGAACGGAGUCGUCACAAUGAAGAUCAUCCCCAAGAUGCCGAAUCGAUCCCGAGUCUGUGAGAUGUACAUGAGGGCCCAGUUCGACUACGAGCCCACCAAAGACGACCUGAUCCCGUGCAAGGAGGCCGGCCUGAAGUUUGAGACCGGAGACAUCAUUCAGAUCAUCAACAAGCAGGAUCCCAACUGGUGGCAGGGCCGAGUGGAGAGCAGCGCCGCCCACUCCGCCGGGCUCAUCCCGUCACCGGAGCUCCAGGAAUGGAGAGUGGCCAGUAAAAGUAAGGCUGGAGAGGGCAGCCAGUCCUGCAGCCCGUUUGGAAAGAAAAAGAAGUGCAAAGACAAGUACCUGGCCAAACACAGCUCCAUUUUUGACCAGCUGGAUGUGAUUUCCUAUGAGGAAGUUGUUCAGCUGCCUGCUUUCAAAAGGAAAACACUGGUGCUUAUUGGUGCGCCUGGUGUCGGCAGGAGCCAUAUCAAAAGUGCACUUCUGACUAAAUACACUGAUAAAUUCUCCUACCCUUCACCACACACCACCAGGCCCCAGCGGAAGGAUGAGGAGAACGGCCUUCACUACUUUUUCAUCUCCAACGAAGCCAUGACCAAGUGCAUCUCUGGGAACGAGCUGCUGGAGUACGGCAGCUUCCAGGGAUUCAUGUUUGGCACCAAAAUCGAGACCAUCCACAAGAUCCACGAGCAGGGCAAAAUCGCCCUGCUGGACGUGGAGCCGCAGACCUUGAAGCUCCUGAGGACUGCUGACUUUGCACCGCUGGUGGUUUUCAUCGCUCCGACCACCACAGCGCCCCAGACGGAGAACCUGCAGAUGAUCCAGAAAGAGUCGGACGCCAUUUUCAAGACAUAUAGACACUUCUUCGAUGUGGUGCUCGUCAACAACGACGUGGAUGAGAGCGUGAAAGGCGUGGAGGAGGCCAUCGAGCGGGCCACCUCCACCCCUCAGUGGGUGCCUGUGUCCUGGGUGUACUGAAAUGUGUGUGUGUGUGUGUGUGUGUGUGCCCAGCAAGAAGAGCAGUGCAAUAUCACUCCUUAGACGAAAACCUCCCAGGUGUGUGUGGGUUUACCUUUCAGUUAAUGAGAGUUGUCACUGAGAUUUACUUUGCACAAACGCAUUUGAAAAUGAGCAAUAUGUAGAAAGGUUGCAGUCUAGAUCCUCACCCGGGAUGCUUUUGUGUGUUUGCGGUUGUUUAGACGUGUGCUUCAGGCUUUCUGAGGGGGCGAUGGGUCGAGCUGUUUGUGUCGCGCACCUUUGUGAUUGUCGGAAUGUUAGAAGAUGCAAAACAGGACCACAACUGUGAACGGAAUCCUCAUUUUAAAAGUGACAGGAUUUCAUCAUGUAAACCAGUGAUUUUUGGAUUUAUUACCUUUUUUUUUUUCCUCCUGUCGUCAUUGGGUUAUACCAUGAAAUUGAGAUUCUGAAACUGUUUGCUUGUGCAGUCUGUGUAAGUCCAUUAUACUGUAUGUCCUCUACACAUAAACCCUUUCAGCCAAUCAUUAACAUCCUCACUUUGUCUCGUCCUAUCAAAAUUGUAUACCUCAUGGGGUACUGUAAAGGCACUUUUAAACCGAAAAAAAUAAAAAUAAAAUAAAAUUGCUAGCUCUGUU